AGCUCGACUCUUGUCUUGAAAAAAAGGCCGCUUUUCACUCCUCACGCGCUUCUCUUCAACUUCUCUUCGUCGCCACUGGGUGUGUUUUUCUGUCUUUUCUAGAGGUCCGCAGCCGAUUCGCUUCUCACCUUUUGUUCCUCCUGCUCUGUGUGGGCGUUUUCGGUCAUCCACGGUCUCUCCUCGGCGUCUUCCUAUCAAAACACUGGACACAGCAGGCGUCAGAGGACCUGCUCUUUUUUUCUCCAGUUUCUUGUCUUCUCGCUCUGCGUUUCGUUUCCAGGCUCGGCAGAGUUGUCAGGGGAGAACGGUUUUUUCGCAGAGAAGCCGUUCUCUCUCCCGCUUGUCCGCUUCCACAUCGCAUUUGCGCCCACCUUGCUUGUCGAGGAAAACUGUAAAAUAGGCAUUCGUGUAUCUUUUUUGUCCACAUCUCAUGCACAAACGGCUGUAGCGAGCUGCGCAUGCAUGUAAGGAGCUCCUCGUCCUUCAGUACAAACCGUUUGUCUUUUCGGUGCGUUUUCCCUUUUUCUUGGUUGUUCUUCGUUCACACGGAACGCGGCUUCGCCUUCAAAAACGAGCACGGACAAGAACGCGCGGAGGCGGCCUUUGUUGUCGGAAAGCACUCGCACCGAGACUGGCGGGGGUUCGCAAAUCCUCACAGUUUCUUGUCUCGUUUUGUCUUGCUCUGCUUGCGCUUUCCUUCGUUUUUCCCUGGCCUGCCCGGCUGUCUCGCCUCCCGCCUUCGACUCUCGUCUGUCUCGGACUCAUUCGUGCAGUUCUCAGCCUUCCCCCCGGUUUUCCGGCACCUUUGGCUCUUUUUUGCAGCUCCGUCGUCGGUCAGGUUCUUUCUCUUCUCCGUUUUCAUAAUCUCUCGCGCGCGUUGUUUUCCAAGUGUCUCCCGUCUCCCAAAUCUCUUGUUCUCCGUACACCUUUCUCUUGUCCGUUUUCUCGACGCUUUCGAGUCCUUUCUCCCCGCUUGUUUUCCUCCUCAGCUUUCUCAUGCCUCCCUGCAGCUCCUCGCGGUUUGCUUUCGUCCACAGGCAACGGACUGUCUUUUUUUCCGCGCGUCUCUGGCCUUCUCUUCUCUCUCGUCAGCUCUCUUCGUCUCUAGGCGCAAGUCUCUCCUUUUCACCUCUCUGCCCUUCUUCUUCUCCGUCUCGUUGUCUCUUGCCCUUGUCUCCGUCUCCUUCUCUCUGUUUCUCUCGCGCGUCCUUCCGCGCCGAGUCUUCGCCUCUGUUCUGCUCCGCUCGUCUCUGCUCUGCCUCGCGCGUCUGUUCCGGGGAACUCCGCUUCACUGUGUCGUCCAUGGUUCCUCUCUGUGCCGGAGCUCUGGGAGGUCUCCCCCAGGUUCGUGCACACCUUGCGCGAAACGGCCUUCUUCGAAGAAGCUGAAAAUGCAGGACUUGUUCGAGGACCUCCGCGAGCUCGCGCGGCAACUGUCGCCGCAGGCCGCUCCGCGCAUGCAUGCGUGGAAAUUCAGAGACUCGCGAUCCGCCUCCGUGGGUGUUUGCGUCGUUCGCAGCUCCAACGCGCGUAGCCCAGAAGAAGAUGAAGACACAGAGUCCUCAGAGCAAGAUGGCGAAGAGGCGCGAGAGACGCCUCAGUUCAUGACGGAGUACUUUGAAAAGAUCCACGUUCUGAAGCGAGCGCUCCAAGAAAUAUCCAAAAACCUUGAAAAAAUGAAGGACCUCAAACGCGCCGCCGUCACUGCCAGCAAUCCUGACGAAGAAAGAGACGCGUCGCACCUGUUGAAUAAACUUUUGGACGCGACAACGGGGAUGAUUCGCAAGACCAAGGGUGCCUUGCAAGUAAUAAAGGAAGAAAAUCUGCUUUUUACUCGAAGGUUCCCAGAAAAAAUAAGUGAAGGCCGAAUUCGAUUCAACAUGCAUCAAAUCGUCGCGCGCCACCUGCAGCAAAUCACCGUUGAGUGCCAGCAAGCCGAAACCGAGUAUAAGACGGUCAUCAAAAAGCGCAUCUGUCGGCAAGUAAAAAUCGUUUAUCCAGAAGCUUCGGCAGAAGAAGUUGAGCAGCUGGUGGAGUCGGGGGAUCUCUCGGCGGCCGCGGCUGUGAAGAUGCGUGUGACGGGGACACAUCAGUCUCUCCGCAACGCAGUCGCCGACCUGCAAGACAAGUACCGUGACAUUCUUCGACUCGAGCAAAGUGUCGCGGAACUGCACCAGAUGUUUGUUGAGCUCGCUUUCCUCGUCGACCAGCAAGGCGAGUUGUUGGACCAGAUUCAGUACAAUGUCACGAAUGCCAAGGACUACACGGCCCAAGCAGAGAAGGAGCUGCUGCAAGCACGGAAGAACCAGCAAUCUGCGAAGAAGCGCAUGUGCUGGCUGAGCGUCUGCAUUCUGGUGCUCGUCAUCAUCAUUCUCGUCCCUGUGAUUCUGAACAUCGUCAAGUGAACCUUUCCUCCAAGGAGAAGGCUGCUCGCCAGGCGACCGUCCCUGUAUUUGCUGCCCACUUUGUGAAGCCGAAACGCUCUCCAUAGAGAGACACAACUUGUUCGUAAAAGGCACGCAUAACUCGAAAUGGAGAGAGUAUGCAGUCUUUACCCCAGAAGGACAGGCCAUACAGAGUGCAUUUGACGGCAGAUGCUCUGGCACAGUGCUUAGGAACAGAAGUAACUGACAGCAAACUGACUUUUAAAAGAGCCUCGUUUGGGGACUUAAAAUGACCGACAGAAAACACGCACCGAGCACGGCUUCUACGAAAAAACGUCUACGCUCUGGUAUCUAUGCACACAUUUUGGUUGCACG